GAGCGCACUAAGAUCACAGUACAGAGAGAUUGCUUCAUACAAUACCAGUCAUAUUUUCUACCUCCUAUUCAGCUGAGUAGCUUUAGGUUUAGAAGAGUGUUUGUGUUUUUUAAAUUAAAACAACAAAUUUAGAGAAACAAAAAAAGAAAUUUAAAACCAAAAAAAAAAGAUAUCAGAUAUCUGGGAUAUUUCUUGGACUGGAUUACCUCACAUCUCUCCUACAGUGGCUGUAUCAUCCUCACCAUCAAGUCUGGGAAGCUGACUACAGAAUGGCUGCACUCCUGUGGGCGAUGGUUCUGUCUCUGUUCCUGCAGGGAUGUUUGUGCAGUGUUGGGGAGACUAACCAAGGCUGCAGGCUAUGGACUCCAAAAGGACAAGAUGUUUGCUGUAACGCCUGUCAUGCUGGACACCGCCUUUUCCGUAAGUGUGGACCAAACCCGAAAGAUCUUUGUGUUCGUUGUGAGUCCGGGACAUUUACAGUGAACCCUCUAAACUACAGGUGUAGCAGGUGUACACAGUGUGUAGGUGCUCAAGUCCAUAUGCAAGACUGUACAGCCACAUCUGACACAAAGUGUGGCUGUAAAGAAGGACUCAUCUGUGGUGACGACAGCUGCUCCUACUGUGUUACAAAGUGUGACAAAGGUCACGAACCUACUAAGAAUGGUUCUUGCAGAGCAUGUCCAGAGGGAACCUUCAACGACCAAAGUCACCAGAUGUGUAAACCCUGGAGUACCAAGUGCCCCAGUCCAAGUGAACAUAUCGUGGCCAAGGGGAAUGCCUUCACUGACAUUCAGUGUAGUGUUUCACAUAAGAGCACCAUGACACCUGUUCCCGAACAACAGGGAUGGGAAGUGGGCCUGACUGUAAUCACCAUCGUAGCUCUGACGAUCUUUUGCUUCAUCGUCAUCGGCAUUGUAGCCAAGAAAAUCAUCAAGAAACGACCUAAAGAAGAAGAAGAAGAAGAAGAAGAAGAAAAGCCAGUCACAAAAACACUGAUAAUCAGAACCCCUACAGAUGAUCCUCAGACUUUGAGAGCGAUUGAGUGCAGCUUUCAUGAGGCCCAGCAGGAGCAGGGCAGCAGCUCAGAGUCGCUGGCCUCCAAGGACUCCUCGGACCAGCUCAUUGUAUGAAUCGAAGGGGCCAGAGUGCCACCCUGAAGUACUUGUUAUUUGUUGAAUUGUGUGAAAGGAAACAGGAUAUCCUGGAUAAGAAGGGGUCUUUCUUUGCAAUACUGAGCCAGACUUUUAGUAGGAAGUCUUUUCUGGUUUUAAAUGAAAGAAACAGAGCACUGUGUUUACCCAUCUGCCUUUUAUCCACCCUUUUUUCCUACAAUCAGAAUAAUGAAAGCUACUGUGAAACUCCUGAUGGGUCAGGUUAGAGAUAACAUUUAACUCUAUAAUUACAGCAGGA